GGCGGUCAGGUGCUGUGCGGAAUGCGCGGGCGGUGCGGUGCGACGGCGAGCGACACUCAGUGAUCGGAAGCGACGCUCGGACGGCGACGGGCGCUUCUGUGCGGGCCACGGCCUCCGCGCGCGUGCCACCAUGCGCCGUGACAUUUCCGUGACGAUGUGGACCGUGAUGCUGCUGGGCCUGUGCAUCGGGCAGGUGGCUGGUUCGGGCUUCUUCGAGCUGCAGGUGCUGGAGACGCAGAACUACCGGGGCGAGCGGCUGGACGGCCGGUGCUGCGGCACCGCCGGCCGCACCGACGGCCGCUGCCAGGCCGCCUGCCACACGUCCUUCCGGCUCUGCCUCAAGGAGUACCAGAGCCACAUCCACACGCAGGGCUCGUGCAGCUUCGGCAACACGACCAGCACCGUCGUGGGCGGCAACAGCUUCACGCUGACCGACCCGGCUAACGCCACGCUCCGGCUACCGUUCACCUUCUCCUGGAUGAGGUACUUCACGCUCAUCCUGGAGGCGCUGGACAACGUCGGCGGGCAGCAAGCGACGGAGGUGAUCGAGCAAACCUCGUACUCGGGCAUCAUCCGGCCUUCGAGCGCCUGGCACACGCUCACCCACAACGGCAACGCCGCCAAGAUCACUUACCGCAUCCGCGUGCAGUGCGACGACAACUACUUCAACAGCACGUGCACCAAGCUGUGUCGGCCGCGCGAUGAUCAGUUCGGUCACUACACCUGCAACAGCAACGGGGACAAGGUCUGCCGGGAUGGCUGGAUGGGCACCAACUGCGAGACAGCCAUCUGCAAGAAGGGCUGUCACCCGGUGAAUGGGCACUGCGACCGGCCGCAGGAGUGCAGGUGCGAGCCCGGCUGGCGGGGCGAGUUCUGCGACGAGUGCCUGCCCUACCCCGGCUGCAAGCACGGCUUCUGCAACGGCAAGCCGUGGCUGUGCAACUGCGAGCUGAACUGGGGCGGCAUUCUCUGCGAGCAAGACCUCAACUACUGCGGCACGCACGAGCCGUGUGUCAACGGCGGCACGUGCGAGAACACCCGACCGGACGAGUACCGCUGCACGUGCCCCGAGGGCUUCUCCGGUGACAACUGCCAGGUGGUGGACAACCCGUGCGCCACGGGCCCGUGCCAGCACGGCGGCACGUGCAUCGACAUGAGCGGCGACUUCCAGUGCUCCUGCCCGUCCGGAUGGUCCGGCGAACGCUGCCAGAUCAACGUCAACGAGUGCGAGUCGUUGCCCUGCAUGCACGGCGGCACGUGUGAGGACCUGGUCGACGGCUUCAAGUGCACGUGCCCGCACGGCUGGGAGGGCAACGCCUGCCAGCUCGACUCUGACGAGUGCCGGGGCAGUCCGUGCCUCAACGCCGUCUCCUGCAAGAACCUGGUGGGCGACUACGAGUGCCAGUGCAUGGAGGGGUGGACGGGCAAGAACUGCGACCAGGCCAUCAGCAACUGCGGCAGCCAGUGCCACAACGGCGGCACCUGCAUCGACCUGGCCCAGGACUACCGGUGCAUCUGCCAGUCGGGCUACACAGGCCGCAACUGCGAGGAGAACAUCAACGAGUGCCAGCCGAACCCGUGCCUGAACGGCGGCGAGUGCGUCGACCUGAUCGGCGGCUUCCGCUGUAUCUGCCCGGUGGGCUACACCGGCGUCAAGUGCGAGACGGACGUGGACCUCUGCAACCCGAACCCGUGCGAGAACGGCGCUUUCUGCUUCAACACCAACAGCGACUACUUCUGCGACUGUCCGGAGGGCCUGCACGGCAAGAAUUGCAGCGAGACAAAGGCCGUGUGCCUGGGCCCGCAGUGCAACGUGGACAGCUGCAUGAUCUCAUCGUCGGCCGGCGGCGGCCAGCGCUCUGCGUCGCGGCACGUCACCAUCUGCGGCGAGCACGGCCGCUGCCUGUCGGCCGCCGGCGGCCAGUUCAGCUGCGCCUGCGACCCCGGCUACACCGGCGGCUACUGCCACCAGAACAUCAACGACUGCAGCAGCGACCCGUGCCACAACGGCGCCACCUGCAUCGACGGCAUCAACAGCUUCACCUGCAUCUGCCCUCUCGGCUGGGAAGGCCCGCUCUGCAACACCAACAAGAACGAGUGCGAGCCGAACCCGUGCCGUCACAACGGCUCGUGCGUGGACGCCGUGGCCGACUACGCGUGUGCGUGCCCGGAAACGCGCAAGGGCAAGCGCUGCCACCUGACCGACUCGCACUGCGAUCUCACCACGUGCCUGAACGGCGGCACGUGCCGCGACCUGGGCUCCACGUUCCUCUGCCACUGCACGGAUGACUGGGAGGGCACCGUCUGCCAGCUGCGCAAGAACCCCGCCUGCAGCACCAGCCCGUGCCUCAACGGUGCCACGUGCGUCAACACGGGCGACACGUACUCGUGCAUUUGCCGCGAGGGCUACGAGGGCCGCCGCUGUGAGCACGACAUCAACGACUGCAACCCGCACCCGUGCUACAACGGCGGCAGCUGCGUGGACGGCAUCAACUGGUUCAGCUGCGAGUGUCCGCGCGGCUUCCUCGGUCCCGACUGUCGCAUCAACGUGGACGAGUGCGCCAGCAGCCCGUGCACGUUCGGUAGCACGUGCGUGGACGCCGUCGGCGGCUACACGUGCAUCUGCCCGCCUGGCAGGGCCGGCUCCCGCUGCUCGGAAGUGGUGGAUGCGCCCGUAUCGGGGGCCUCCUGCUUCUGGCGCGGCUCGCACUACUCGGACGGCGACACGUGGCGGCACUCGUGCAACACGUGCCGCUGCCAGAACGGACUCGUCACGUGCACCAAGCUGUGGUGCGGCGCCGGCAACUGCAUCGAGUCCAUCAACGACGUGCUCACGCUGUCCGAGUGCGGCCCCAGCCAGGUGUGCGUGCGCGCCCCGAGCGAGUCCUGCCUGGCGCCGCCGUGCGCGCCGCUUGGCGAGUGCCGCAAGCUCGGCGUCGGCAAGACCGUCGGGCCGCCCAUCAGCCCGGCGCCCACCAGCUGCUGGCCCAACCAGGCGUUCCUCAGCAACUCGUGCGCCAAGCUGCGCGUGCGCUUCGACACGGCGCGGCUGGCGGUCGGCUCGACGGUCGAGUCGCUCUGCGGGCAGCUGCGCAGGCUGCUGGUCGACAGGCUGGCCGACUCGCUGACGGCCGAGGCGCUGGUCGUCAUGUGCGACCUGGCGGCCGGCGAGGCCGCCACGCUGGCCGUGACGCUGUCGACGCCUCGUUCUGCUGAGGUAUCCGCCAUCAGCCCGCUGGUGACGGAGACGGCGCAGCGUCUCGGUGACCUGCUGAGCUCAGGGCACGGCUCGCUGCCGGUGGCCGCCGCCGUCACCGAGGUGCACACCGAGACGUCGGCGCGCGCCGAGCCGGCCGCCGGCGGACCGCUGCUCACCGUUGUGUGCACGCUGGUCGCCGUGCUGGUGCUGGCCGCCAGCCUGCUGCUGCUGGCCUGGCAGCAGCGGCGCCGCGCGCGCCGCCUGCGCGACGAUGCGCUGCGCAAGGAGGAGAACUGCAACAACGUGCAGAACGAGAAGAACCUGCGGCGCUACCGAAACCGGCUAGACAGUGACGAGCCCGAGUGCCGCGCCGGCUGCACUAGCGACGCCUACCGGGACGGCUACAAGCUGAAGGAGCUUGACAUGCCGUCGGGCGGCGCUGCAGCGGCUGCUGCGGCAAAACGCCGCGACUCGCUGGACUCGGUCGAGCUGCGGCUCGACUCGCCGCGAGCCGAGAAGCCGGCACUGUACAAGCCGGUGAACGUGAACAAUCUGGCGCCGCCGCGGGGCGCCGGGCCCUCCAAGGAGAUUAACAAGGAGAUCCUGCGGGACGCGGCGCAACGGCAGCCGGCGCCGAGCAGAACGCUGAGCGAGGACUCACCAGAGCUGCACGAGGUGCUAGUGUGAUGGCUGGCGCGCCGCCGGUCGGUCGGCGCGAGGGCGCCUGCGCGCCCCCACUGGACCAGUGCAAUGCUCGGUGCGCAGGUGCGUUUUGUUUGCGUUUAUCGUUUUUGGAAAUCAGUUUACGAGCUUAAUUGAUAGUGAUGUAUAUUUUAUUGUUGACGAUAAUUUACUCUCUCGGUUUUACCAGUCGGAGGAAACGCAUUGGCCGGCUCGCUCGGUGCACGUGUUUUUCUGACCAAUCUAAUCUCAGUUGGGGCGGGGUUCAUUUCAUGCUGGUGCGCGUGCUCUGGCACGGGCCGUUGUGACUUGCGCGCCGCAGUUGCGCACACCAGCGCGAUACCACUGCGCAGAGCUGUGAUGAUUUUAUACACAUUUCACAUCCGUGUGACAUAUAUCUCAUUCGCCAUCACUGUAAGA